AUGAAGUGGAAUACUUAUGUGUAUAAUACACGAUUACGUUCUAGAAACAUCAGUGCAGAUUUUUAUGAUCGCUUAACAUCAGCAUUGGUAAAUGACAUUCAAAAUGAAAAUAAUGAUGUUGUGCGUGAAGAAGUGGAUCCAUACGAAAGCGAUGACGAUGAUACAGAUGUCGAUUAUGUGCCAUUUGAAGAUGCAUCGGAUAUUGAAAAUGAAAUCGAAAUCGAGCCGAAUGAAAUAUUAGAUAGCGACGAAGAGGAAGUAAUCGAUGGUGUGGAAGAAGAAGAGCGUGAAACUCCAGCUGCUACUGAAAUUUCUUACUACGGUAAAGAUGGGACAGAAUGGAAAAAAGAGUCUAAUGAAGCAAUUCGUACUCGUGCACACAAUAUUAUGUGCUUUCGGCCUGGACCGAAGCAACAAAACUCUGUUCCCAUCGAGGUAUUCAAACAGUUUUUUAUUACCAACAUUUCAUUCAUUAUCAUCAGUCAAACAAAUCGUUGUGGAAGAGACCAAUUUGCAAAAUGUAAUGCAGAAAAUCUAACCUCAAAACCUAAAGUUUGGGUGGAUUUCACUAGCACCGAACUUGAUGCAUUUAUUGGCAUUCUUGUUGCUUCUGGUGUAACGCACAAUAAUAUGCAGUUUACACCACUUUUGUGGCAAACAGAUUCUCUUCCCAUCUUUCGAGCGGCGAUGCCACUCAAACGAUUCAAGUUAUUGACGCGAUAUAUCCGUUUCGAUGAUGGCCGCACACGUUCAUUCCGACUACAAUCUGAUAAGGCUGCCGCAAUUCGCGAUAUAUGGAAUUUUUUAAAUGAAAACCUCGCCAGAAACUAUGAGCCGCAUGAAAAUGUAACGAUUGAUGAGCAAUUGUUUCCGUAUCGUGGCAAGACAAAGUUUACGCAAUUCAUACCAUCAAAACCAGCCAAAUACGGUGUGAAAAUCUGGUGGGCAUGUGACUCACAAACAAAAUACCCAUUGCAAGGUAUAUUGUACACGGGGAAAAAGGAUGGCGGAGAGCGUAAAGUGAACCAAGUAGAAAACGUAUUGCUCAAACUUGUGAAACGAUACCAAAACACCGGCAGAACAAUAGUAGCUGACAACUUUUUCACAACACUGACAGGAGCCAAACAAUUGGCUACCAUUGGACUUGCUUUCGUCGGUACUAUUCGCGCCAAUAAGAAGUGUUUACCCGAAGAAUUGAAAAAAAAUCCGUCUGGUCCUUUGGUUAUAUUAUAA